AUGGCCGAGGAGACAGAUUGGAGCUGUCCCAUCUGCCGUGACAUUGAAGGAGAGAUCGCUUCUGUAAUGCCCUGUCUCCACCUGUUCUGCCUGGGCUGCAUUGUGCGCUGGGCAAAGAAGAAGCCCUCGUGCCCCCUUUGCAGGCAGACUAUCCACACUAUCCUCUACUCUAUGCGGUCAGAGGAAGACUUUUUAGAAAUAGUUCUUCAACGCCCCCCAGAUCCAGUGGCUGCUGCCCAUGAGGAUGAGGAGGCGGCCACGGAGGAGGAGGAGGAGGAGGAGCAAGUGCCUACUUACGUAGCUGGCUUCCCUUCGGACCUCUGGGCAAGAUUUUUCCAAGAGUCCUCAGAAAUCCUUGAGCCUCUGCUGCCCUGGCUGAACGAAGAGGUGUCAGUGUUGUUCAGUACCCACUGGUGGGAGGAGGCUCUGGCAGAGAGCACCAUCAUAGCAAAUCUGUGCCGCUAUGGCCUGAAUGAGGAGGUCUUGGUGCGGGAGCUGCAGCCCUUGCUGGAAGAGCACACUGAGACUUUUGUGCGCCAGCUCAUUGAUGUUGCCGCUGAGAGGUGCAGUGAUCAGAUCCUGCGGCACAUGGGCCUCCUGGACUCCCCCAGUGAUGAGGAGCAGGAGGACAGCCCCCCAGGCAGCCCUGGAGCCUCUGCCUCUCGCGAGAGGACUCCCAGCCCCAGCCUGGCCUUCUCCUGUAGCCCAGCAGUUUCCAGUGCGGAGGAGGACACCAGCACGUUGGAAGACACUCUCCGUGGAAGUCCUGGACACUCUCCAUCUCCACCUGUCCCUGCAGAGCAGGAGCAGUCCCAGGACGAGGCAGCAGCAGUAGCAGGUCCCUCUGGCCAGGUCUGCACCUCUGCUCCUGGCCAGGACAGGGACUGCUUGCCUGGGGGGUCCCGGCACCCCCGGAAGAGGAGGGCCUCUGGCCCUCAGGACCCUCCCCAGCCCUGCAAGAGGCCAUCCCGCCAUCAGCAGAAGCCCCCAACCCCUGCUUCAAAAAAAAAGAAAUAA